UAUAUAAAUAAGAAAAGCUACAUAAUACUCAAAUUACCUUUUGAGAUGUGGAUCCUGGAUGAAAAUAACUUAGCAAUAUGUGCCAUUGUUACUGUGGCCAUGCAAGUUAUGUUCUUUUUAGUUGCUUGCACUUGUAAAUUUGAUAAAGUCACUGACUUUGCUGGUGGCACAAAUUUUGUUGUUCUGGCUGUACUUACCUUCCUUCUGGGAUAUACAUUCCAAUUUCGACAGAUCAUUAUAACAGCCUGUGUUACAGUUUGGGGACUCCGUCUCUCAGGAUAUCUUUUGUACAGAAUACUAAAAAUUGGGACGGACAAUCGCUUUGAUGAUAAACGUGAAAACUGUAUGAAAUUUGCAGUGUUUUGGAUUUUUCAGGCAGUUUGGGUGUUCACAGUUAGUCUGCCUGUCAUUUUUGUCAAUGCUCCAGAAGGGCUUAUGAGAAAUGACUUCACUGUGCAAGAUGGUAUCGGUCUUGCCUUAUUCUUGAUUGGACUUUUGAUUGAGACUGUUUCUGACAUACAGAAAUUUACAUUCCGAAAUGAGCCAUCAAAUAAAGGAAAGUGGUGUGAUAAAGGUCUGUGGCGUGUGUCCCGGCAUCCUAACUACUUUGGAGAGAUCACUUGGUUUGGCAUUUUCAUCAUAAGCACAAGUAUUUUGAAAGGAGGCCAGUGGACUGCAGUGCUGAGCCCUGUUUUCACCAUCACCAUCCUCCUUUUUCUCUCAGGCAUCCCACCUCUGGAGAAGAAUGCCGAUGAAGCGGUACAGGAUGAAUAAUUUAUACCUUUCUUACAAAAGCCGAACAAGUCCUCUCAUUCCUUUACCUACCUCCUUCUAUGGUCUCCUACCAUUAUGCAUGAAAUGUGCUUUCUGCUGUGAGUUUCCAUUUUACAACUAUCUCAGCGAGGAA